AUAAUAAAGAGAUAUUACAAAAAAGUUUAGAUUUGUUAGCAAAUAAAGAAGAAUUAAUUAAUAAAAAUAAUGAUUUAAAGAAUAAAGUUGCUAAAUUUGAAGUAAAAAUUGAACAACAAAAUCAAGAAUUACUAGAAAAUAAAAAGAUUAUUGAUUCGCAAAUAAUUUUGUUAAAGCAUACACAAGAUAUAGCUGAUCAUUACAAAGCUUCGAAUUUUAAGGAAUUUGAUGAAUUUAUUUACAAAUAUACAUUUGGGUUAUUUGAUAUUGUAUUCUCAAAA